AUGAGACAAGCAGGUGCAUAUUCUGGGAUACUAUGUGGGGGCAUUUCUGGAAGAACAGGGCCACACUCUUUGCCAUUGGCAAGGAUCAAGAAGAUCAUGAAAAAAUCUGGUGAAGAUGUUAAGAUGAUUUCUGGUGAGGCACCUAUUGUUUUCUCAAAGGCUUGUGAGCUCUUCAUUGAGGAACUUACUAGAAGGUCUUGGAUCGUCGCCAUCCAUGGAAAGAGGAGAACCUUGCAUAAAGAUGACGUCGCAUCCGCCGUCGUCGCCACUGAUAUCUUUGACUUUUUGGUCACUUUGGUGUCUCAUAAUCAUGGAUGUGCUUUGAAUAAUAAUGCCAAUAAUGAUGGUGCUGUUAUGGAAAUUCAGACAUUACAGUAUUCUUAAGCUGUCUUUGAAAAUUAUUUGAAAAUAUAAAUACAAAGAGAUAUUA